UUCCUGUCACCCCUGUCACCAACUUCCUCUUCCUAAGUAGGUCAAGCGGUGAUGAUGUAAGUCGUUCCACGCAAUGAGUUGCAGAUCAAACACCUUUGCAGUUAAUCGAUUUGAAGAGGGGACAACUACUGUAACUGAUGACAUCUGCUACAGCUAGCAAACCAUAAUUUUGUGAACAAAAACCCACAUCUUAGUAGCUACCAUAAUAAUUUGUAAGAUAGCCUACAUCUUACAUAAAUCAACAUGCCUACUAUGUCAACAAAGCCAGAUGCGGAUGUGGAGCCGGAAUGUGAAGAAUGGAGUUGGAAAUCAUUGCCAGAGCACAUACUGCUACAGAUAUUCAGCUAUCUAACGGCACAGGACCUGGCACAGGCUGGACUCGUAUGUAAGGUGUGGCUAAGAGUUGCAUUUGAUGAGCUACUUUGGAAGGACUUGUUUUAUCGACACUGGGGCGUAUCUCGAUCCAUCGUCAUGGCCCCCGGCAAAUAUUCAUGGAUUCAGGAAUACAAGAGGUUACUGUAUCACACGCCAUCCGUGGAGAGCGAGGUUCUGAAGCAACAUACAGACCAGGUUCUACACGUCAGCUUCUCACACAACGGGAAAAUGUUUGCUACCUGCUCCAAGGACGGCUUUAUUAGGGUGUGGGAUGCUGCAUACCCAACGUCCAUCAAGUACAAGGCAGAUAUGCGCAAGUUCACGUGGAAGUACACACAGUAUUCACAGUUCAACUCAACUGACAGCCUUCUCCUUGUAUCUGGUGUACACUUCGGCUCGCUGAGUACUUCCGGGGAAAUUGCUGUCUUCAGUUUGGAUGGUGAGUUUGUGAUGCAGAGCCGUAUGAUAAACAAGCCGUACGAUGUGUUUGGAACAUGGUAUAACGACUACUACCUGCUGUCGGGAAACCUCCACUGGACCGGACAUCUCAACUCGUGCUCUGCAAUCUGGCUGAAUAAAGCAUACCAGGAGACAGGGUCUGAGGAGGAGUCUGUUGUGAUGCGACUCUUCAAGUUCUCCAACAUCAACGCAAGUUCCAUUCGAACCAUCAUGGUUGCCAACUGCCUGGAGGAGGAAACCAGACAAACUCCUACAGAGGAGAAAAGUGAAGACCUGUCAUCAAAAGAAAACCAGUCUCUAAUUGAUGAACAGUUAACCAAUCAGGAAGAUGAUGAGAUGCAGGAAAUGGAACCCAACAAACCUUUAGACCCAAAAGAAUAUGAAAUGGAAGCAAGUAAACCAAAGACAUCAAAAUCUCUUCAGGGAAUCCAGGUGUUUGAAAAUGGAGAGUUCAUUACAAAAUAUCUGGAAGUUGACCCAGAUGUUCCCAAUGAUAAACUGAACUGUACAAUUGAAUACAGCAAUGACUACCGGCAGGCCCAGAGCCCUAAGAAACGACUGCUACAGAGACCAUGUGGUUACCAUUCUGACACAAAUGAUAACCUACCUGCCUCAGAAAUAAGUGAGCAGAGCAACAAUGGACACUCGAGCACGGAUUCAUUCGACCAGAGACAGCUUCUGUCAGAAAUCGAAACAGCAAGCAGACCAGGUAGUAGUAGGUCCCAGACUGAAGAUAUGCAGACAAACCAGCCAUUCCCCACUAGCAUCACUAACCAAGAACGGAUGGUUAUUUCCAAUAACCAAAAGAUCUUUAUGCCCAUUAACAGAUCUGAAGACUUGGUAGCAGCCUGUGAAACAAGUUCAAGUUCUUCUAGUAUUGCUGGUGCAGUGAGUCAUUCUGAUGUUGAGUUGCCUAGCCACGGUUAUCAAGGGUUUGUGUUCACUAGUAACAAGAAAAAGGUUAAACUGCCAAAUGUCCCAUUUGACUGCGGAGUUUGGAGAGAUAACACUAGUGAAAUGGAUAUUCAAGAAGUGCCCUUAGAUUCAAGGCAGUUAAAUAGAAGAAAAGUAUCGGGUGCGGAAAAUAAUGUUUUAAAUACCACUGGAUCAAGUUCAGAUACCGCUGUCCCAUUUAAUGUCAACGCUGUUGUUGGGGAGUCCCAUGCUGAGGCUUUAUUUGCUCCGGACACUGGACAACAGUCCCUGGAAGCGUCAACUUCAUCAGUCGCAACGUCAUCUCUGAAGAGAACUCUCCAUGGGCAACAACAACAACAGGGCGAAAUCUGCAGAGACCCAAGAACAUGUGACUCCCAGUCUAGUCAGCACUCAUGCGAUGAUAGAAGUGAGUCAAAUGAUGAUCUGGGUGAACGGAAAAUCAAUUUCUGUUGUGUUGACUACAAAAAGAAAAAGGUGAAUCCUAUUAGAAUGCGUUCUGAUUAUCGGUUUAGUGUUGAAAAAUUGAACGUUGCAGAAGAAAAAAUGGAUGCACAAAAAGUUGAAACUUCAAAAGCUCAGUCCGAUCUGAGUGCAAUUGCAGCAGAAGAUUCUUGUCUAAAUCAAACUAGGCAAAACCCUUCUUGUAGUCAAGUGACUGGUUUUGAAGCUGAUCUUAAACCAGUCAAACCAAAAAUUGAGACUGGUUUACAGAAUGAGAGCAAGAGCUCUAAAUGUACCACAAGUUGUGCUGGUAAGGUCACCCAGUCUAGACUGUGCUUAGGAAGUGCUAACUUAUCUCAGGAAGAAAUGGAUACCCAGUCAGUUUCUGACAUACUUGUAAAUAACCAAUGUCUGCCUGUAAGAACUCAAUGUCAUAACCAAUCAGCUGAAAACAGUGCAGCAGUUAGUGUUCCAACAGCAACUGUCAGACCACGACCAAACAUAUUUGACAUAGAAAUACCUGAAAGACAUUAUAAAACCAGAAAGUCAGGAAAUGGAAAAUGUAAGAAAAUCAAAGACAAGUACUUGAUCUUCACAAAAGGCUCAGAGACUUAUACUCCCCAUCAGAUUGGAAUAAAAAGAAUCAAACCAUUCCAGGCGUUGGGCAAGGAUGGGUCACGGUUGUUGCCGAAUGUGACUGAGACAACGUACAAUAAUGAGCAGGCUGGUGACACGUAUGACGAGGUGGAUCACUUGAUUGACAUGCAUGGCCACAUCAUCGGGAUGACCUUGUCACCUGACCACAGAUACUUGUAUGUGAACUCUCGUCCUUGGCCGAAGAACUACUUCAUCGAGAACCCACUAUAUCCACCGCCGAUUGCUUCAGAAAUCGACAUUCACGUUAUUGAUUUACUCAACAUGCGAGAAGUUGGAACAAUGCAUCGUGCUCAUAAAGCCUACACGUCUAAUGAUGAAUGCUUCUUCAUCUUCCUUGAUGUGUGUGAAGAGUAUGUUGCAAGUGGUGCCGAGGAUAAGCAUGGAUAUCUCUGGGACCGUCAUUACGGGCUCUGUCUCCACAAAUACCUACACACCGACGUUGUGAACUCUGUGGCGUUCAACCCUGCUGACCCGGAAGUACUGGUCACCGUUAGUGAUGACUUCUCCAUCAAAAUAUGGAGGUCUCUUAGCCGUGAGAAAGAGGUGGUGAAGGCCUUCAAUCGGGAGCACAGCAUUCGACUGAAGCACGUCCAGGCCAUGGUAUCAGACACAGCCUCAUAUCCAAACAAUGACGUGGUUCACAGGCUUGGUAUAGAUUUGUAAGAAGAGAAUGCUUAUGAACAGCUACAAUGCAGCUCCACUAUAGCUCCACUGCCCUGGCUUUUAACUAAGAAGAGAAGAGGAAUGGUAUUAACAGCUCGACUUAACUCCACUGCCCUGCCUUUAACUAAGAAGAGAAGAGGAAUGGUAUUAACAGCUCGACUUAACUCCACUGCCCUGCCUUUAACUAAUAUAAGAAGAGAAUGUGUAUAAACAAUGACUUGGUUCACAGGCUCAGUAUAGAUUUGUAAGGAGUUAAGGGGUAUAAACAGCUCCACCGCAGUUCCAUGACUGUUAACUUUAUAAAAAAGCUUCAUGGAAUUACGGGUACACAUUUAUAAUCCCUAAAACAACAGGAACAGCAACAGCAGCAGGAACAGCAACAACAACUACAGCUAUGUGCACAGUGCAAGUCCCCAUAGUUUAUUUCAAUCAAUAGAUUACGAAACCUAGUGAAGAAGUUAUACAGUUGAAACCAGUUGCCUCAAUAUCGCUUGGCCUGAUUUCCUUGUUGGCUCGAAUUGGAUGUUAAUGUCUGAUUUUAUUUUACUCUCUGUUAGCAUUCUCACUUAGCUUGAUAUUCGUGAGGUUCAAAGUAUUUUGGCCGAUACCUGGGAUAUCAAGCAAAUGGGUAUCGACUGUAUCCUUAAAAAGAAUGGAUCUGUAAAGCAAUACAAUGUUUUUGUGUUUAUACACUAAAGUCUUUUCUGUUGAAAUUACAAAUGAAGAGAAGCCUUCUUUAGAAGGCAAGUGCAAAUAUGAAGGCAAGUCAAACAACCUGUAUAUAGUUGAUUCAUGUUAAACAUAUAUUUUUUUCAAAGAAGAUAUUGUCAUAGCCUUGGUGUUGUUGAGCAUCUUGUCGUCAGCGUAGAUGUUGUGCCAAAAACCUUGCCUAUAACUCAAAAUCAGUUCAAGAUAUUCACAUUAAACUUGGUACACAUGUCGCCAUACAUAUUACGCACAUGUUCAGCAAGACGCAUAACUCUGGCAUGAGUAAAUGUUUACUAAUGCAACUUGAUGGAAUUAAAAAAAGCAGACAAGCGGUGGCGUUCUCUCAAUGGUACUCUUGUUCAUGCAUUUAAAUGAUCUUCUAAUGAAAUUUUCUUCCUUAUAUUCUCUUGUUAUUGCUAUUGUUCAUUAUAGUAUCAUGUGAUUAUUCAAGAGUGCAAUAUCUUAUCAAUAUUGUUAUAAUUAUUAAUCGUAUUUGACAUCUUGUUUAGCUGUAUAGCAAUUUUGUGAACAUUUUUGUCUAAAAGAGUUUUGUUAUUCUUUGGUGGUUUUUGAAAUGAUAAUUACUGAUUUCUUGAUUUCACAAUUAAACACAUGAAUUAGACUUUGUGUAUUAUUAUAAUUUUGGAUGUGAGUUUUCCAUUACCUUUUUCUUGGGGUUUUAAAAAAAGGUCUUUUUGUUACUCUUAACAGCUAGUACAGAUAUAUUUAAUGCAAUCUUAAGCUUUUAAAAUGCUGCAAACCAAUAAGCUUUCACCACCACCAUGAUGCUCCCCAGGACCUGCAAAAGGGCCUUAAAAUGGGCUACCAGCGUAAAGUUCAGGGAUGUUUGAUUUCAGCCAUUCCCACCCCUGUUUAACACAAAAUGUUCUGUAGGCGAUUGUUCAGAUUUUGUUAAAAGUUAACAAUAUUGUUAAUGUCAUUGUUGUUAAUUUUCAAAACAUUACUGCUCUGGAAAUUUAAUGGAUACUUUUGUGAUCUGCUGUAUUUCUAGCAAGAUUUGAGACAAUUGUUUGAUCUGUAUUUAAAUUAAAAGACACGUAUGUGAGUAUAUCAUCAAAUAGUUCAUGUUUAAAAGUAAACAACAUAAAUAUUAAUUAAUAAUCACGUUGUUAACUUUAACAAUCAAUCUUCGUAUGUCUUGAUUCAGUUAAUGAAUUUUUUUAUUUUGUUCUACGUCUUUUAGUGUAUUAUUGCUUACAUUAUUAUUUAAUUGUGUCAUUUUCGGAGUAUUUUUGUUGAGGCAUUAUCGUAUCAAAAAGUUAACCAGUAGUUUAGCAAAGUACCAUGCAAUAAGUAGGAUAUGGAUAACUUAUGACAAUAUUCCAAUAUACACAUGUCACACUCAACUUACGGUAAGCUUGACUGAGUAUGGUACAAAUAAGUUACCAAACCCUCAUUUUUUAAAUUAUAAAUACAUAACUUGUGGUUACAUGGAUGGUCAGAUAAGACUAUUAAUAUACUAACUUUAUAUUUAUAAAUGAUUCUUUCAAUCCAAUAACUAACUAAUUAUGGAUUUUUUUUACUAAUACUCUUGAUCUUAUGUUAUUGUUUGUUGAUAAAGAUAGCUUCAUUGUGUAUAAUUUCUUAGUUACUUCCACCGUAUUCCCAUCACAAAUAGCUAUGUUUAGUUGUUCUUUAUUAUUAUUAUGCAGAUAAUCACUCAUUGUAAAAUAAUUCAAAAUCAAUAUAUAUCAUAAGUAAUCGGAAAUUUCUCAGGCUAAUUAAAAAAAAAUCUCUCUCAAAAAUUGGUUAUUAGUUUAAUGAAUCUGUUCAUUAAUGUUAAAAGCACAACUUUGUUUAUAUGUGAUACUUCUAUCUAAUCAAUCAUUUAAGUAUGGAUUGCAGAGAAAUUCAAACUUGUAACUAUAUUUUUUAGUGUAUGGUUUUAAAACAAUGUUUGUUUACAUUAAAAAUACUUAAAAUAAGACAAAAAAUGAAGCGGGUUAUGUAAAAAAAUGAACGGGUAGUGCUGUGUUGACUAAAUGUUAUUUGUAUCAAGCAUUAUGGAUAACCCGGACUUUAUUUAAAUGCUAGUAUUAAAACAUGUCAUGGACAUGUCUACCUUGUUGUUUACGUUUACUGUUUGAUUUAAAACUGUUCAUUCUUGUGUGUAUAAUUAUAUGGUGGAUUUUGUUUGCGUUAAUGUUAAAAAUGUUCUAUUACAUCACAAGGAAAUCUUGCAGAAUAAGAAAUUCUGUAACCGUGUCACAACACAUUAUAUGUAACAGUCACAAGCAGCAGUCCACAGGCUCAAAUGUGAGACGAGAAAUCACAUUUUUUCAACAAACCUUUUCUUUUACUGUCUAUUAAUUGACUGUAAAAAUAAAACCAUCAUUACUUAAAAACAGUGUGUUGAAAAUCCCGUUGUAUAAGCCGAACUUGCUUGAUUCUCAGAAUCUUUUUUAUUAUUCCCUUUGUUUUUCAUCCUAUAACAAAAUAGCAUCAUUAUGAAACAUAACAAAGCUUGUUGGUUAACUCUAUUUUCAGUUUCAGUGUCACAUGUAUGAAUUUUCUAACUCAAUUUAAAUAAUCUUUAAAUUAACCCUUUCAUACUGAGGCAUUUAGUUAACAUUAGGCAUUCAUUAUAUUUGCACAAACUCAACAUUGUUUGAUUUUUUUCGAAAAAGAAAGGAAAUGUGUUAGCUUUUGUGUCAUCAGUAGAAUUCAAAUGAAAUUUAGUACACAUAUUCCCAGAGACAAUUAUGUGUAGGCGACAUUUAGUUCUCGUCUUCAAUUAUUGUUGAAUUUAACCCAUUUUCCUUUGAAGAAGAAAUAGCAGACAAGCCUUGGCAAGCUGCUCGCUGUUUUUUUGUAAUUGCACAAAUUAAAGUUUGCUCUUGCAUAGAACACGCUUAGUUUUUGUCUUGAAUUAUUAUUUAGUUUAACCCAUCUCCCAGUGAAGAAGAUAAAGCAGAAAAGCCUACCGUAGUUGUCCGCUUGCUGGUUUUUUGUUAUUGCACAAAUUUAAAGUUCGCUAUUGAACCAGGGACACUUAAUUCUUGUCUUCAAAUAUUGUUGUAUUUAACCCAUUUUCCAUCGAAGAAGAAAUAGCAGACCAGCCAUGGUGUCCGCUUGCUGGGUUUUUGUAAUUACACAAAUUUAAAGUUCGCUUUUUGAACCACGGACACUUAAUUCUUGUCUUCAAUUAUUGUUGAAUUUAACCCAUUUUCCAUUGAAGAAGAAAUAGCAGACCAGCCAUGAUGUCCGCUUGCUGGGUUUUUGUAAUUACACAAAUUUAAAGUUCGCUUUUUGAACCAGGGACACUUAAUUCUUGUCUUCAGUUAUAGUUGAGUUUAACCCAUUUUCCAUUGAAGAAGAAAUAGCAGACCAGCCAUGGUGUCCGCUUGCUGGGUUUUUGUAAUUACACAAAUUUAAAGUUCGCUUUUUGAACCAGGGACACUUAAUUCUUGUCUUCAAUUAUUGUUGAAUUUAACCCAUUUUCCAUUGAAGAAGAAAUAGCAGACCAGCCAUGAUGUCCGCUUGCUGGGUUUUUGUAAUUACACAAAUUUAAAGUUCGCUUUUUGAACCAGGGACACUUAAUUCUUGUCUUCAGUUAUAGUUGAGUUUAACCCAUUUUCCAUUGAAGAAGAAAUAGCAGACCAGCCAUGGUGUACGCUUGCUGGGUUAUUAUUAUUGCACAAAUUAAAGUUCACUUUUUGAACCAGGGACACUUAAUUCUUGUCUUCAGUUAUAGUUGAGUUUAACCCAUUUUCCAAUGAAGAAGAAAUAGCAGACCAGCCAUGGUGUCCGCUUGCUGGGUUAUUAUUAUUGCACAAAUUAAAGUUCACUUUUUGUCCAUGUUUUAUACAACCAUGCAAAUUUAUGUUCAUCCAUUUAGAUGGUGUUUUUUCUAAAAUAAUAUAAUAAGCUUCAAGUUUAUGAAUCGUUAUUUUAAUAUGAUAGUUGAUUGUACUUUCCUGUUAUUGUCAAUUAGUUAAAUCCGAUGGUUAAUUGUGUUUGCCUGUUGUUGCCAAUACGUUUAAAAUAAAUCUUGGAAAUUU